AUGGCCAAGAAGGCCCGCCAGAGAAUCAGCUACGUUCUUGAGAGUGCCAAGUCGCCCGAGGGUGGCCAUCGUCUGGGCGUCAAUGGCCUUGCUGUCGAUACCAACAAUGGCAUCCUCUACUCUGGUGGACGAGAUGGCAUCGUCUGCGCGUGGGACCUCGACCUCGACCUCAAAGGAUCCUCUUCCGACACCCGUGAUUCCGCAGACAAACCUCGCUCUCGAAGCAAAUUCCGCGCCCAGGCACAGCCUCACACCCAUUGGAUAAAUGACAUCACCCUGGCGCAAAGCAACACUGCCUUGGUCACAGCAUCAUCGGACCUUACCGUCAAGGUAUGGCGACCGCACUCGGAAGAGGACAGCACGCGCACAGUCACCAUUGGAGAGCACGCCGAUUAUGUGAAAUGUGUUGCCACUCCUCCCGCCGCCAUCAACGCCAACUGGGUUGCUACAGGUGGUUUGGACCGCAAGCUUUGUCUCUGGGACCUCAACGGAGCCGGAAAGACGCUCGAGGUUGACGUCAGGGGCGAGGAGAAACCCGAAAAGGGCUCCGUGUACGCCUUGGCCGUCGGCCGCGACAUUAUGGCCUGUGGAGGGCCUGAGAAGAUGGUUCGACUCCACGAUACUCGGACCGGUAAAAAGGUCUCCAAACUGGUUGGUCACUUGGACAUGAUUAGAUCCAUUCUGAUCGACGACUCGGGUGACAUUAUCCUGAGUGCCAGCUCCGAUAAGACAAUCAAGAUGUGGAGUGUCAAGGGCGGUCGUUGCAUGUACACUUUCACGAUGCACGACGAAAGCGUCUGGUCACUCUUCUCCGACGACCCAAGUCUUGGCAUUUUCUACAGCAGUGAUCGAGCUGGCCUGGUGGCCAAGACUGACGUUCGAGGCACCGUGGAGGAUCUGGACAACGGGCUGAGUCUGGCGAUUGCAGAGGAGCACUGUGGCGUGUGCAAGGUUGUCGCUGCCGCCGGCCACAUCUGGACUGCCACAAACCGGUCUUCAAUCAAUCGUUGGGGAGAUGUAGAUACCAACACUGACACCUGCCUCCCGGAGCCAUUCCGUCGCCAGAGGACUGUGUCAGCCGGACCCGACAGGCUCCGGCAAGCCUUGCCAACGAAUGCGCAACAGAUAAGCAACCAGGAAAUCCCCUCGGAAUCUAUUCUCCGUAUGUCCAACACUGCCGUAUUCCCCGCCCGCGGCGUUUUCGAUAGCGAGUCAAACAAGUUGAGUGAGACUUUGACCAGGCGUGGGUCAGAAGUCGUGGUUGAACAGGUAGAUCCGGAGGUGAAGCCAAUCCAUCAAACACCAGAAGAGACCAUCCAAGGCCAGUUUGGGCUUUUGAAACACAAGAUGCUCAAUGAUAGGAGAAGGGUGUUGACAUUGGACACUGCCGGCGAUGUCCUGCUUUGGGAUCUCCUUGCUUGCAAGCCAGUCCAGAGCUUCGGCAAACAGAAUCUAGAAGAUGUCGAGGUCGUGGUCAAUACCCGUGAAGCCGUCGCACCGUGGUGCUCAGUGGAUUUGAGCUCUGGCAAUCUUACGGUGGUGUUGGAGCCCUUUAACUGCUUUGAUGCCGAGAUGUACGCCGACGAGUUGAAAUUGGAUGAGCCGAUAGAUUUCAAAGAAGACCAGAGAAUCAGCCUUGGAAGGUGGAUUUUGAGAUAUCUCUUCUCGAACCUGAUUGACGAAGAAAUCAAGCGUGACGAAGGCUACCGGCAGAAAUUGAACGAAGAGGUCUCCAGAAACCAAGCUGCCGGUCGAGCCAAUGCGCCCACGUCGAUUGACAUUCCCCCGUCGAAUAUUUCCAACUGGCACAGGCCCGAUCAACUCACCACCCCGCGAGCUAAUGGCUCACAACUACACCAAGCCACUCCUGGCUUGGGAAUUGGUCUCGCAACUCCUGCGCCCGGGGCUACACUUCCGGGCGUACCUGAAGAGGCGGUAUGCAGCCCUUUAAGCCCAGCCGAAAGGGGAGCUGCCGCAGACAGGGACGAUUAUUUCACUGGCGGCAGCACUGUUGUUGUGCCUGGUGCUCCAGCUACAGAAUCGUCCGAAGCGAAAAAUUUAAUGGAUAAUGGUAAUGAGAAAGGCAAGGAUAAGGCGAGCGAUGUCGCCAAAUCACCUGGGAGCACUUUUGGCAAGAAGCUCCGAAUGUCCUUCAGCAGCAAGAAAUUGGGGCGUUCAUCUUCCCAGGCGACGCAGGACAAGCCCGUGGUGGUUGACGAAAAGGCGGAAGAGUCAGAAUCGUCGUCCACAGAUGAAAAGGAAGUGGACGAUAGCUUUCUUGGGGUCAUACAGAAAAUUCGCAACGAUUACGAUAAGCAGCUUGCAGACACUCCGGAGAAGUUCAUCGAGACCAGAGUGAUGCCGAGUCUUCCCAACGAGACCCCUGUGCUGAAGCUCCCGCCGGGCACCAAGAUCAUCAUUCAGGAAGAGACGUCUGGUGGUAGUGCCAAUGUUUACCAAGGUACAGUCGAGAAUGUUGGCAGGGACGCUGACAUUAUUGAACAAAGGGCCCCGAUGUGGCUCGGGGACGUGUUGCUGCAAAAUAUCGUCCCAUUCAAGGAGCCUGUCAAGAUUUCAUUUGUUCUUCAUCCAAUAGGCGACUUGAUGGCUCUGUCCCCAGCAGAUGGAAAUAACAGAUUAAACGCCAACAGAAUGUUGCGCGUCAAGAAGAUACUAGCUUACGUUGCUGAGAGGAUUGAGGAAGUAUCUGAGGAACCCGAUGCCAACUCUCUGUCCCCUGAAGAAUAUCUGGAAUUGUAUUGUAAUGAUCAGCUCCUUGACCCGUUGAUGAGCCUUGCAACAAUCCGUGCCCAUGUGUGGAAGAGCGGUAAUGACGUCGUCUUGUAUUACAAGGCCAACGGACGCAAGGAGAUUAUACCACCCAAGUCCACAUCAUCUAUGAUCCCUGCAGAUACUCCAGGAGCCCCAGGUCCUGUGGGUGCACCAGGAGCGUCCUCUGAAUCGACUACUUCUACAGCGACAGCAGUAGCAUAA